CCCAAAAGUCGCAUAGUGACGUCUCUCUAACUGAAGCUACGAUGUCUGUGUGUUUUGUACUGGGAUGGUCUCACACCAGCAACCGGUUUCGCUCGUUCUCUCUCUUCCCGGCUGAUAAAAAGAGCAGGAGCCGCUGGAUAAAACACAUCAGGUAAGACAACGUUACAUUUGUGAGUGGAACAUAGCUGGCUAGUGUUGGUGACGUAUGUUGUCCAAGACUUGUCCAAAACUAAAUGAUACAACGACAAAGUGAGACUUUUUUUUACUUGCAAAAUGAUGUUUUAAAUUGGCAAACAUCAUAUGUGUGAUUCAUGGCACAGCUCAAACAGGAUCUAAACUUAUUUGUCUCUCGCCGUUGACGACCAUUCAUAUUUUUUCCGAAAUAAGGUCCCAUGGUGGUCCACCGGAAGGGGAAGGACUUCGCCUCUCUAUAUUCAACACAAUCUUUUUCCUCUUGAGUCUCUCUGUCCUCCCAUCUGUACGACAUCAUUGAUCUUGUCCCUAGAUGACUUCAUAUGUGAUUUUCCCACUGCUAUCGAUACCACAUCCAAGAAUAGAACUUGACAUGUGCAGGCUUGAUGGUAUCGUUCUGAACAGCCACCUGAGGAAUUUCACAGGAAAAACACCUUGAACGUGCCAGCUUCCAGUUACCACUUGCAAUAAACAAACUGUUGAUGAUUUAUCACCUUCUCUUAUAAUACUACGAGGUGUUUAAGGUGGAAACCAACAUCUUUCAUGCUGUGCUUCUGAGUCAGUUAAGCCCCUGUCUUUAAACCACACCUCCAGCUGACAACAAAUUCUUCCUCUCUGAAGGAUCGGUGGCAGCCUCACAUAAAAAGGGCUGACAGACUCACUGAGACGGGGUGUUCUCUCUUCUCUAUAAUCACUACUUCUUUUUCAGCUCAUGCUGUGUUUACAGUGCAUGUUUCCCCAGCAUGUUUUGGCCAGCCGAGUUGUGACAGAGCUCCAGAAUCAGUGCAAGGCUCUCAGAAGGGGACUGUUGAAUUUAACGGAUCACAGUGAGAAGGGGAAUCGGUGCCUGAAGAGAGACGAUUCUGGGUCAGAGGCAGCUACAACCACCUCCAAAACGAAGGAUUUAACCUGCCUGGAAACAACUUUAACCCUUCCUAUUGCUUCUGUUUUACAUAAAAUAGGACUUCUUUGACUGCAAUUCAUUCCACUGCUGUGGAAAUAGUGCUACUUCAAUGAAUUUGACAUUCGGACAACAAAACAUGUCUACAAAUGGAACCAUUGACCACUGCAAAGUACCCAAUAAUUUCACAUACAAAACCCUCUCCGGGCUGGUGAUUGCAGAGUUCGUGCUGGGUCUGCCUCUCAACCUAUCGGUCCUCUACGUCUUCAUCUUCAGGUUCAAGUUCUGGAAGAACAAAAGUAUCUUCCUGUUCAAUAUUGUGGUUGCUGACUUCUUGCUGGUGGCCUGCCUUCCUGCCAAGGCCCACCAUUAUUGGAAUGGCCAGAGACGCAGCCCGCAAAAAGUGGCGUGCAAGACGAUGCUCUUCAUGCUGUUCCUCAACCGCGGAGCCAGCAUCGCCUUCCUCAUCACCCUCUCCAUCGACCGCUACUUCAACGUGGUGCAUCUCGGGAGGAGGAAUUUCGUCAAAGUGCUGAAGAAAUCUCCUCAGAUCUCCAUCGUCAUCUGGCUUCUCUUGCUGCCUCUCACCAUCCCCACCAUGGUGGGAUCCUUUGAGUGCUGCAACAGCCACGGCCGCGAAGUUGAGACUAUUUAUCACGAUGUGACAGACACCUUCAGAGAGGUCGUCUACUUCACCCAGAUCAUCAUCCCCUUCAUCAUCCUCGUCUACUGCACGGUGCGCAUCGUCAACCGGCUCAGGAAGAAGACAGUGGGGGAGAAGACCAAACUGAGGAGAGCCGUGUGCGUGGUCAUGUCUGUUGUCGUCGUCUUCUCUAUCUGCUUCCUGCCCAGCACUGUAGCCCGAGCGGUGCUGCUGGGCGUCAGGCUGAAGAAAUGGCAGGCUGCAGAGGACGUAGUGGUUCAGGUCUACGACAGCCUCAUGGUUUUGUCUUACAUUGACUGCCUGCUGGACCCGCUGGUGUACUGCUUCUGUAACUCAGGGUUUAAAGAUGCUUACAUAAACACCUUCUGUCCCGCGUUUCUCCGGGAGAAACUGCAGAAUACUGACUUUGGCUUGGGAACAACAACGAAUACAACAAUUACAACUUCUGGAGUUAAAACUAAUUCUUUGCCGCUAUUAGAGAAAUGAUUUUUUUUUUUUUUCUUAAAAGGUGCAGUGUGUAGGAUUUAGCGGCAUCUAGUGGUGAGGUUGCAGAUUGCAACCAACUGAAACUUCUCCCAUGUGCUAAGCGUGUAGGAGAACUACGGUGGCCGAAGCAAAAACAUGAAUGUCCCUAUCUAGAGCUAGUGUUUGGUUUGUCCGUUCUGGGCUACUGUAGAAACAUAGCGGCCGGCUCCGUGGGAGCGGGUCUCCCUAUGUAAAUUAUUUAUAAACGGCUCAUUCUAAGGUAACGGUAUUUUCAGGUGAUUAUAGUCUAAAGAAAACAUAUUUAUUAAUAUUAUAUUGCAUUUCUGCCAAUAGAUCCCCCUAAAUGUUACACACUCUUCCUUUAAAUUGAAUGCCUAAAUGAUGAAAGCUAUCUCCAAGGUGUUUAUUUACCAUUACCUCUCAGCCAAACAGAUAAACCUGCAUAACCGCUGGUCCGACCACACUGGAGUUUUCAGCUACGCUGGCAGAUAAAACUUUUUCUUUGGAAAUGUGGGGCAUUUAUCGAGCAAUACUGAUAAAUUACUCAACCUGACCUCAUUCCUCCUCCUUAGAAUUUGUUAUCUGUGGGCAUCAUCUGAUAAAACCAUCAUCAAUCUAAAUGGUGUACGUGGAGCCCUGUUUGUGUCCAGAUGUUCCACUCUGUAUCAUGCACUUAUUUGUGUGUAAUCUGCUGAUAUAUUUUCUCACUGUAACCGUCCAGAGUUUUUAAUAACCUUCUAUUGUAGCUACCCUUUGAACAUUUUAAGAACUUAUCAUAUGCUCAAUAAUGGGCCUCAUGCAGGAAGCAUUAUACAAACAAAUGUUCUCUUAUUUUUGUUCGUAUCGACGAUUUGUUCUUAUUUUGUUAGGACCAAUUGAUUUCUGGGAUUCACCAGUUUCAUUUUUUUCAAAAUUUUGCGAUUGGUCGACAGAACUCUUACUAAGAUAAGAGAAAACAUCUCGCUUUCAUAGCCCACAAAUUGUGCUCAUCUGCUCUGUAGUGUGUAGGGGACAUUACCUAUGCCAAUACAUGUCCUCAUAUAGUGUUUAGGGGGCGUUAACAAUGCUAAUGAUUGCCCUUAUUUAGUGUGUAGGGGGCGUUACCUAUGCUAAUAAUAAACAAUCAGCCACAGGCCUCAAGUUUAUGAUAAGGUGGGAUUCAUCAUUCAGCACAUUUGGGUAAAAGCCGAUUAGAAUGAUUGAGAACGUUUGGUGCAUCUGAAGUUGACUUCUCUUAUAUUUUCUAUUAACAGAAAAUUAAAAGAAAAUAUAAUAAAAAAUUAAGAGGAUGUUGCUGCAUGAGGCCUAUUGUGUUAUAUAAAUCUGUAAAUUUAUGCUCUCAAUUGUUCGCUGUAAAUAAAUCACCAAUAGUAGUCAGGGAGGUUUCAGUCAAACAGACAUGUCCAUACAUGCACAUACAAUCCUGUGAUAAGGGUUGUUCAGCCACAAUAACUGUAAACACCUUGGUAGGAGUGCAGGGCUUUAAGUGGAUUAACAGGUUCGUGUAUAAAGUUGAGCUACUGUCUGAAUGGUGUUCCGCUCGUCUGGCUUCAUAUUAUGUGGCUGCCGCCUGAUCUAAUGUAAAAUUCAAUAUGCUAAAUCUUUUAUAAGGAUAUGAGUUAGAUGUACAUUUAUUUUUUCAGCUGCAUGUUUUAAAUAGCACAAUUUAUGUAUAUUUUUAUAUUAUUAUUUACUUGAAUAUAUUAAGGCAUUUUAAUUUAUUAGGAUUUAUUUCAAAGCAGGUGUUAAGAUGAAUAUAGCAUUUCCCUUGUGAUUGUAUUUCACAGCAUAUGAUGGUACCUGUAAUAACUACAAAGUACUCAGCAGUAGCAGUACAGUAUAGACCACACAUACUGUACUGCUGUACUGUACGUAUUCUCUUACAGUGUUUGCAGAGCUCUCAUUCACCACUCAGGAAAUAUAUCUGUGUUCGUUAUCAGAAACCAGUUGUACCUGUCCGCAUUGGGGUUUUCCCUCUGUGCAACACAUUGUGAACUCCACCACCUUUUCUAACAUUGUUAAACAUUUCAAUAUCGCACAAAUGCUCAUUGAAGCUUGUGGAAUUCAUUUCUUUCUGUGGUUGCGUUUACACGUCCCAUCUACAACUGAUGUGUAACUAAUUAUUCAUGUUGUUGUAGGGCUGCAUGAUUAUGGCCAAAAUGAUAACCGUGAUUAUUUUGAUCAAUAUUGAGUUCAUUAUUAUUUAUCACAGUUAUUUAUUGAUUUUAGGGACACAAUAUUUCUAUUGCACUUUC